AUGUCGCGCGAGUGGAAGUCGACGGAGGCAGUUGACACAGAAGCAUUGCUCCUGGACGAUGGCUACACCUGGGAGUGUGCUGUAUCAAAGGUCCGCGUGACGCAGCUACACGUCGGGACAGAUGGCCUGGCAGUGGUUGUGGGCAAGGACAGCCAGGCCCACGAUUGCCUCACGAGAUCAGAAGUGGGCGGCCUCACUCUCGGAAUGCUUCACUGGAUCUUCACCAACUGGACAGACGUCCAACUGAUGGAACAUGGCUUAGACCUGGCCUCCGUCCUGCCCAACAACGACCACGACGGGGUGAAGGAGUGGAGUGAUUUCUCGCCUUCCUGUGCCGAAGUGCCGAUAAAUGCGUACGGCCCAGGUCCUGACUCGGGUACCUACAGCUUCUUUGGGGAGGCGACAUUGUGCGAGCCCUGCUUCAACAAAGAUGAGGGCUCUCUCCCUGAGUAUUUCAUGUGGUGCCCGCUGGAUGACCUGCAUGCCAUGAAACACGCGCGGGUCAACGGCACUCUGGAGGAGUUCGUCGCAACGAUGCGGCCGCCCAACUGCUACAUGUCCUCUGAGUCUGAUGUCGAGCUCAUCGAGUGGUUGACAGCUGAUUCUGGCGGCAUCGCCUACUUGGGAUACGCCUAUUACACAAGCUUUCAGAAUGAGCUGACCAUCGCCCGAGUGGCCAGUGACACGAAGAUGGGCAUCAAGGACACACGAGAUGUCAAGGUGAUGCCGUCCACUUAUACGAUCAUGGACGGAUCUUACAGUGUCUACACGCGCCAGCUCUACAUGAAUGUGGACAAUGAGGCCUGGGACCGCGUCUAUCCAUUCCUCAGCUACGGGUUCAGCACAGCAGGUCGGGCGCUGGUGUCCCAGGUGGGUUAUGUUCCUCUGAACAUCGCGUUGUUGGCCAAGAUGAAAAUCCGUAUUGAGGAGCGAGGGAAUCCAGAGGCCGACUACGUCUCCGUGGCCCCCGCCACCUGCCCAAUCGGAACGGAGCUCACCAGCCUCCCCUUCAUCAACGCCUUCGGAAACAGCAAGGUCAACUACACAUGCACGCCUUGCACGGUGGGCAUGUACAAGUUCCUGGAUACGCCCACAUCCUGCAGAGCAUGCGAGCCGGGGCGUUAUGCAGAACUACCUGGGCAAUCCAGGUGCCUCCAUUGCGAUCCGGGCUACGAAGUGGUGAAUGGCACAUCGUGUCGCGCGUGCUUCCCAGGGCUUCGCAAGAGGGAAGCCGCAGCGGUCGCCUGCACAACCUGCCCCCCGGGCUCUUUCAACAACGAGUCGGCCCAGGCCGAGUGCGUCUUCUGUGGUCCGGGCCGCUUCGCGCCUGCGGGCUCCACCAGGUGUUUCGAUUGCCCCUUGAACGAGUUCGCGGCCACACCAGGCUCGGGCCAGUGCACUGCGUGUCCCGAGGGCGCCGUGACCUUCGCAUCGGGAUCCACGGGCUGCUCGCAGUGCCGGGUGGGCUUCUACCGCAAGGCAGAGGCGCAAUGUGAGCCCUGCCCGGGAUCGACGACCACCGCCUACCAGGGCGCCACCACGCAGGCGGAGUGCGUGUGCGCGGAGGGCUGGUACCUCCCACUGAAUGCAGAUAUUGCCGGCAAUGGCUCCUGCGUCUCCUGUGGGCCUGGCCUAGACUGUGUCCUAGGAAGCGACCUCCAGGUCUACGACAGGUUCAGAGCAGGGGAGACCAUGGUCCCCGAGGACCAGCUCUUCCCCAAGCUCUUACCAGGCCACUUUGCCACCAUGGAUGAGCCCACGUCUUCAGAUGCGGUGAUGUCGGCCACUGCCCGGGCGGGCUGCCUGGAGCAUGCGCGACUUUUGGCAGGAAAGAUCCGCUAG